UAAGGCCAAUUUCGCAUUAUUUAUCUUUCCAAUACUGAACUGAUUACUGCUUUUCUUUAAACAAAGGUCUUACAUUGUAGGGAUCCCAUACUCUUCUUUAUGACCUUAUACUUUAUUUACUUCAACAGGUUUGAAAUUUCCUUACAUGUUACGAAAUUUUGGAAAGUCAGCACCAUGGCAACAGAAAGAAAGAUUGUAUUUUGGACUAUUUUAUCCGCAAUGCAAUUGAUGAAUUCCUGUACAAGUCAAACACUUGAUUCCAACUCGGAUACUUGUUCUUAACAAGAUGAAAUAAAGACUUUAAAAGAUCAAACAACAUUUCUGAAGCAGCUCGUCAGCAAUCAGGCCAUUGAAACGGAGAUGCUUAAGAAGGAAUUAAACUCAGUCAAGGAAGCAAUGUCCAUAUUGAUGCCUGACCACAUUGCCUGCCAUGUGGUAGCUUCCAGUAAUUCCAGUCCAGGUGUGGUCAUUUUCGAUCACGUGAUCUCAAAUAUUGGAAGUGGGUACGACAUUACCUCUGGGAUUUUUACUGUACCAACAACAGGCUUCUGUGUGUUUUCUUGGAGCAUAGAGACUUACGGACAGUUGACUGAGGCUGCACUUUUAGUAAACGGAUUAGAAAUGGGAAUAUCGAAGUCUGAUGAAGCCCCAUCCUACUACGACACAACUACUUCCUUCGCUGUCCUUAGCCUUACCAGAAAGGACAAAGUCUGGGUAAAAGUCAAAAGCGGGCGAGCAGAAGCGAUGUAUACAAUGUUUUCUGGCUGGAUGAUCAAUAAAAGCGAUAGUACGGCAUUUUAUGCUUCCCUUUCCCGUGAUGUGGCCGGUUCCCCCAUUAUCUUUAACAAGGAAAUCCUAGACACAGAUGAUGCUUACUCCACGACUACAGGGAAGUUUGUGGCGCCUCGUUCUGGUCUGUACGUUUUCAUGAUGUCGGGACUUAUCUAUGGAAGUGACGAUUUCACUUGCAGGUUCGUAUUCAGUAACGGCAUUUCUCAGCCAAAUGUAUGGGUAGACUCGAGUAGCGGGAGGUAUGACAGCAGUAGUUUCAUGACAUUUGCCUGGAUGAACUCUGGGGACUCUGUGUAUAUCAACGCCGAGAGAAUGAGCGCCACGUCCAUGUUUGCAGGAUGGCUGUUGAGUGAUGACACGAACGUGUCAAAACCAACAUAUCCAGCUUUUUUAGCUCAUAUAGGCAAGGACUCAUCCAGAACCCCAGUUGUUUAUGAUAAAGCUUUUGGUGGCUAUCUCCAUGGUUACUCAACAACCUCGGGAGUAUUCACUGCUGAUCGUGAUGGAUUGUAUUUGUUUCUGUAUAAUACAGAAGCUUACAAAGAGAUUGUACGUACUGCAAUCACAGUCAACGGAGUGGAAAAAUUUGAAACGAGGUCUGACGGACGUCGUACUGAGUAUGACGACACUUCCGCUGUCACUCUCCUUCAGUUAUUUUCAAACGAUCGUGUUUAUAUAGAAAUAAAAAAUGGCGCAGUUGAUGAAAAUCAGUCACUAUAUUUCGGCAUACUUCUAUUUGAAAUGUGACAUUAUUUUUUUUUUUCUUUUCGAGAGCUUCAACAUUUCAAGUACCUUUGUUAUCUGAAUAUUCUAAGGCCUUUCGCUUCCAUUCUAUUAUUCUAUUAUUAUUUUUUUACUAUUUUUAUUAAUUCUAUCUUUCCAAAUUUUGUGCAGACAAUUUGUCAGAGAUAUAUCGACGGAAUUAUUUGAAAUUUUUUCGGGGAUGGUGUAUCAUGAUCUAAACCUCUAAUUUUCAACGAAUAAUACGAUAUGCUGUACUUGUGGACCUAUAAUUUUAGAUCUGCCGGAAGUGCUUAGAAUUGUGCUCGGUAGGGGUUGAUAUUGAGGACAGGAAUCAUGAGUGAUUUGUUGACAUUUUGCAUUAUACAGUACCGAGCACACAUAACCUAACAGAAAGCAGGGUUCGCUCUCUGGGUCCACUUCGGGAUAGCUUUAUAGAGCUGUCAAUCAGGACUAGCGAUUAACCAAUCAGCGCAUAUACCAAUCAAAAUAGCAUAUUGAUCUGUCGAUUAGGAUAAAAGAUCGAAUGUGUGAUGUUAUUCGAUAUAAAUCCAAACAUGGUACAAACAAUCAAUGCUUGUGAAUGUACAGUGUAAAUCUAUUAUGAAAAUCAAAAUACUAUUAUAUUAUUAUUUCUUUUAAUUCUCCGGGCUGUAUGCUAUAUUUAUUUAUUUAUUUA